UACCUUAAAAUUAUGCCGUUUGUGCGUCCCACUGGUGUAAUCCCCAGGAUCCGCUACUUCAGGCCCGUACGGGCUAUUGAUGAAUCUAUUGUUAACAAGGAAAUAUUAGCUGGGCUUGACCUUAAGCCGCUGAAAUCAGUUACCUUGUCAUUCAAUCCUUUUGUUGGUGACGUUUCUUCAAUACGCAAACUUUGUGGCCUAUUAAGUAUUCCCCGAUGGAGAAUCAGCAACCCGUAUCUGAUAAUUAAGACAAACGUAUUGUCCACUUUCUGCCCACCAACGGUAGAAUUGCACUACGGCAACGAAAAUGUGGUUGUGAUCAAAACCGAGCAUUUGUCCCUGCGGGAACUAAUAGAAAUUCUCAUGACUCAGUCCUUUUUGAAUUCAUCUGAUCAAUAAAUCAGUGUCAUUUUCCUUGUUCUUGACUUUUUAUGUGUCUGGUUUGAGUCACUCGGUUUUUUUACAGCCUCCCUCCGAAGCACCUAUCUA